UUGAACCCACCUCACCUACCACUUUUCUAACCUUUCUUCCCACCAGACGCAGCAGCAGCAGCAAAGGCCAAAGGAGACGCGGAGACUUCGCCGGGCGACGAUGCCCCUUGAUCACGUGCUCCGCGUGUCUGACGCCCCGCCACCGGCGGCGGCGGAGGCUGAGGAGGAGGAGGAGGAGGAGGAGUCGGGUUCUCCGUCGGCGAGCCCCCCCAUCCUGCUCCUCCCGCCGGACGCCCUCCACAACGUCCUCGGCCGCCUCCCCCUCCGCCAGGCUCUCGCCUGCCGCCCCGUCUGCCGCCUCUUCCGCGACGCCCUCUCAUGCCCUCCCUUCCUCGCCGCCCUACCGCCGCUUCGCCUCCUCGCCCUACGCCACCCCCGCGCCGCCUCACACGUCCCCUCUCUCCACGCCUUCGACCCCGCCUUCGGCCGCUGGCUCCGCCUCCCCCUCUCUUUCCUUCCUUUCCCCUCCUCCUCCCCCGUCACGGCCUCCCCCUCCCUCCUCUACCUCUGGGCCGACACCUCUCCCGCCCCCUCCACCGCCGGCGACACCAAGAACCCUAGGUCCCUCGUCCUCUGCAACCCGCUCGCCCGGUCCUACCGCGUCCUUCCCCCGCUCGGCUCCGCGUGGUCGCGCCACGGCACAGUCCUCGCCGGCCCCGGCGGCGCCGCCCUCGUCCUCACAGAGCUCGCCGCCCUUGCCUACUUUCCUGGGGAGGACCGGUGGCUCAAGUUCUCCCUCAACCUCCCGUCGAAGCCCCGGAGCCCGAUUCUGAUGGGCGGCGCCGUGUACACCCUCUGCGACGUCGGAACGCCGUGGCGGAGCCAAUGGAAGCUCUUCUCCUGCGGGCUUCGCGACCUCGGCGGGCCCCGCGGGUGGGCCCCGAUCGAGCGGCACGAGUGGGGGGACGUGUUCGACAUCCUGAAGCGGCCCCGGCUGCUCCCCGGGGCGGGGAGCGGCCGGAUCCUGAUGAUCGGAGGGCUGCGGUCGUCGUUCGCGAUCGACGCGCCGUGCUCGACGGUCCUGAUCUUGAGGCUGGAUCUGGCGACGCUGGAGUGGGAUGAGGCCGGCAGGAUGCCGCCGGAGAUGUACCGGUGCUUUGGCGGCGGCGGCGUGGGGCCGGGGCCGGUGGCUGCGACGGCGGCGGCUGCUGGGGGGAAUAACAAGGUGAAGGUGUUCGGAGGGGACGGGAGGGUCUGGUUCUCGUGGAAGAGGGUGAGGGGAAAACUGGCAAUGUGGGAGGAAGAGGCCAUCGGUGGGUGGAGGUGGGUGGAUGGUGUUCCAGGGUACAAUGAAGGGGUGUACAGAGGAUUCGUGUUCCAUGCUGGGUUCACUGCCAUGCCCUGAACCGAUCAUGAAACUGGGUAUUGCACCAACCCGACUCUGGCUCCAUGGAAGCCCUCUCUAGCAAUGUUGCUUAUUUGUAUUGAAACAAACAUGAGGAAGUCGGAAAAUGCAGAUGAAAAAUCUGAGAUGGACAAAGCAGCAAUUGCAUCACAGGCGAGCCAUUGCAAGAGGUGAUGUUGCAGUUCUUUUGCCUUCUUAUAGCUUCAGCUCGCAUGAAACUUAUUGAUGUUCUGCUUGAUAAUUUCUUGAGACUGAUGAGAGUGGAGAUAAACGGUCAUAUCGUAUAAGUUAAUAUAAUGAUUUGAGACACCGAUAAAUCUGUGUUUAUAUUCUUUUCUUGAAUGGUUCAGUAAACUUGAAGCAUUUGCUCAGAUCUCAGGGAAAAGACUGUUUGGUCUGGUAAACCCAGUUGCUUGAUGAAAAGAAGUUUGUCAUGUUAGAUUCAAGCAACUAGUUAAAUCAUUAGGCCAGUGGGCCAAGUUCAAUUGUUGAAAGAAUAAAUGACAGGUGAUGGGAAUUUGCACGCCUA